UCAAAUAAGAUCUUACUUUUUGAGGCUUGUCAUCUCAAACUCGGACGAAAUGUCGUUUUAUGUGUUGCCGCAGAAAUCAAAAGAAAGGUAUAUAACAACAUACGAAAACUUUAUUUCUUGGCAAAAAGAAAAGAACACCACUUCGUUCUGUCAGGAAGUGUUGUUGUUGUAUUUUGAAGAAAUAUCCGCGAAAUAUAAACCUUCAUCUUUAUGGGCGAUAUAUUCCAUGUUGAAAAGUGGUCUGAAACGCAGCCAUAAUAUUAAUAUGGAGGAAUAUGGCCAGUUAAGCGCGUUUUUGAAGAAACUGUCUAAAGGAUAUGUUUGUAAGAAAGUGAAGGCGCUUACGUACGAGAAUGUUGAGAAGUUUAUAGAUGAGGCGCCCGAUGAUAAAUAUCUUGCUACCAAGGCAGCUCUGAUUCUCGCAAUCACUGGUGGCUUCCGACAGCAAGAUCUCAUCGACUUGACAACUGAUGACAUACAAAACCACGGAGAAGUAUUUGUAAUAAACAUACCCCACACCAAAGACAGAUCACGUGCCUCCUUCGUGAUCCAAGGCAAAUAUUACCAAAUUGUUAAAAAAUACCAAAGUUUACGCGCAACGAAAGCGCCAACUAACCGCUUUUUUCAACAAUUUAGAAACGGUAAAUGUAGUACGCAAGUGAUUGGUAAGAAUAAGUUUGGGUCGAUGUCUCGGGAGAUAGCGGAGUACCUGAAUUUGCCGGAUGCCAAUGCAUACACGGGCCAUUCUUUUCGCAAAGCAUCGUCAUCUGCUGAAUGCCCAAGGAUGCUGCUGAGUGCUGAUCUCUGUACAGAUGGUCCAAUGGGGCUAUUUUCUUCUGCUACCGUCAACAUUCUGCUGUGA